AUUGUAUUAAACUGCGAUAAUGACAAAUCGAGAUGACCUAAGUGCUGCUGCAAAGCACAAAUUUAUAGAGUCAGCAGCACGCGCAAAAAAUCCACUUGAGAGUCUGCCCUACGACAGCUUCAAAUCGCAGUCUGGCGAGGAGUUCAAACUCAGCUGCCGCGCCAAGAGCGACUUGGAUGCAAAGACGCUCAAAUGGACAUUUAAGCUAGCGGAACAGAAUGUUGGUCCCUACUACAAGAAGCUGAAAAUGGGCUGGAAGCCCAAAAUCAAACAGGCCGAACUUAACAAGAACUGGGCACGUUUCUUGGUGGCACAGAAUGCAAAGAAGGAGCCCGUGGCUUACACAAUGUUCCGCUUCGAUAUGGAUGAUGGAGAUUGUGUGCUCUACUGCUAUGAAAUACAAAUUGCGCCCGAGUAUCAACGAAAGGGACUUGGCAAGUUUAUGAUGGAAAUUUUGGAGGCUUGUGCGCGUCUUUGGCAGCUGGAGAAAGUAAUGUUGACUGUGUUAAAUAAUAAUGAGAAUUCGUUGACGUUCUUUAAAGCGCUGGGGUAUGUCAAGGAUGAGACAUCACCGGACGUUCUGAAAGAAGAGGACUAUCAAAUCCUAAGUAAGUCCAUGUUGGGCUGAUUAUUUAUUUCAUUAUUAACAAAAGGAUUCAAAUAUACUUUUAAAGAUUUGGUAUAAGAAUUA